UUCAGCCUCGUUCCCGGGCAGUAUAAAGUUUGCUGUCUCCUUUGUUCGCCCUCGUUGCGCAGUAGUUCCUGCGGGUUCUCCCUUCCGUCUUCGGAGCCGGCGGCCCGUCCCUCACGUUGAGCGGCUAGGAAGCCUCUGCCAGCGAGCUCGCAGGAGCUUGAAACCGUCGUCACCCCUCCGACUCUUAACCAGGGGGAAAACAUGGUUGAAGCUGAUCGCCCAGGAAAGCUCUUUAUUGGUGGCCUCAAUACAGAAACAAAUGAGAAAGCCCUUGAAGCUGUAUUUGGCAAAUAUGGACGGAUAGUGGAAGUACUCUUGAUGAAAGAUCGUGAAACCAACAAAUCGAGAGGAUUUGCUUUUGUCACCUUUGAAAGCCCAGCAGAUGCUAAGGAUGCAGCCAGGGAUAUGAAUGGAAAGUCCUUAGAUGGAAAAGCCAUCAAGGUAGAACAAGCCACUAAGCCAUCAUUUGAAACUGGUAGACGUGGACCACCUCCACCUCCAAGAAGCAGAGGCCCUCCAAGAGGUCUUCGAGGGGGAAGAGGAGGAAGUGGAGGGACCAGGGGACCUCCCCCACGUGGAGGGCACAUGGAUGAUGGAGGCUAUUCCAUGAAUUUUAACAUGAGUUCUUCCAGGGGACCACUUCCAGUAAAAAGAGGACCACCCCCGAGAAGUGGGGGUCCUCCUCCUAAAAGAUCUGCUCCUUCAGGACCAGUUCGCAGCAGCAGUGGAAUGGGAGGAAGAGCUCCUGUAUCACGUGGAAGAGAUAGUUAUGGAGGCCCACCUCGAAGGGAACCUUUGCCUUCCCGUAGAGAUGUUUAUUUGUCCCCAAGAGAUGAUGGAUAUUCGACAAAGGACAGCUACUCGAGUAGAGACUACCCCAGCUCUCGUGAUACAAGAGACUAUGCUCCACCACCAAGAGAUUAUACUUAUCGUGAUUAUGGUCAUUCCAGUUCACGUGAUGACUAUCCAUCAAGAGACUAUAGUGAUAGAGAUGGCUAUGGUCGUGAUCGUGACUAUUCAGAUCAUCCAAGUGGUUCCUACAGGGAUUCAUAUGACAGUUAUGGUAACUCACGUAGUGCUCCACCUACACGAGGGCCCCCGCCAUCUUAUGGUGGAAGCAGUCGCUAUGAUGAUUACAGCAGCUCACGUGACGGAUAUGGUGGAAGUCGAGACAGUUACUCAAGCAGCCGAAGUGAUCUCUACUCAAGUGGUCGUGAUCGGGUUGGCAGACAAGAAAGAGGGCUUCCCCCUUCUAUGGAAAGGGGGUACCCUCCUCCACGUGAUUCCUACAGCAGUUCAAGCCGCGGAGCACCCAGGGGUGGUGGCCGUGGAGGAAGCCGAUCUGAUAGAGGGGGAGGCAGAAGCAGAUAUUAAAAACAAAACUUUGGACCAAAAUCCCUGUUCAAAGAAACAAACAGAAAGUGGAACCUAUUCUGUCAUAACUACCCAAGAACUACUAAAAGGAAAAAUUAUGUUACAUUUUUCAAAUUUCCUGUUAAGUUCCCCUUUCAUAAUUUUUAUGUUCUUGUGAGGAGAAAAGUAAAACAUGUUUGAUCUUAGGACAUUGCUUUCAACAAGCAAAUGUUAAAUGUGUUAAGGCUUGACUUGUGUAUAGUGGUGUCAUUUUCCAAGUAAAAGUGUCCCAAAGGCCACUUUCUAAUUUUUCCCCCAGUUAAUGAGAAGCAAUUCUAAGAUCUACAAACAUUUAGCCAUCUAUUGUAAAAUGGACAGAUGAAUCCCUCUGCCUAUACAAAUAAGCUAGCUAUUAGAGGGUGGUUGGGGUAUGCUACUCUUAGGAUAUCAUUACAGUCUUCAAACUGAAAUCUCAAAUGUUACCAAUAUGAAAAACUUGAGAUCAGAUGCUUAUGUAAAAGAAAGUGCUAUUCACCCAGUAAACCCAAAACAGUUCUGGCCAUAUUUUGUCUUUCUGACAUUUCCUUGGGAAUCUACAAGAACCUCCCCCUCUCCCCUCCCCCAAUAAGAUCAUUUUAAGUGUGUGUUAAGCAACUACAGAAUACUAAAUAAAAAGUUUGGCCAAAACCAACCAUGAAGCUGCAAACGGUGCUUGCUCUUACUGUUUCAAAUUUUUGCAACUCUGUAGUGUCUCACUUUUAAGGAACAGCUUGAUUGCAAAGGAGAAAAUAGAUAAGCAAUGAAGUUAUCUCCAACUUCUCAAAGGCUUAUGACUUCUAAAAAGUGAAUCUAUCAGCAUUCCACAUCAGAUUUAAAGCAUCAAAUGCCUGUGAAACAGCAAAGAUGGUUGAGGAUUAUGGUCACGGAAUGCUGAUUUAUUCACACUAGGUAAAGCUGACAAGUUGGCAGCAAGAGAAAUCAAACGCUGAGAGUUGUUGAAGCAGAAGAAUGCAGAAUGUGUAUAAGGCACAACAGUUGCAUAAGCAGUGCUCAUCAGAAUUGGUUUGGUGCAAGCAAUAGAUUUUUGCCUUCAAGGGUUCCUGUUGGACAAAAGGCAUCAGUGUUGGUUAGCACUCUUUUAACUAGGGAGUGGUAGAUACUUAAGUAAUAAUUGACAGAUGGAGAAAGGGGAGCAAUUAAGGAAAUUGGUAAGUGGAGGUAGUGAGGAGCUCUUUGGUUCUUUAUGUAGAUUUUAUAGCUUUGGCUUUCAUUGUUUAGCCAAAGUCAUUAGGAACAACUUUAAUUAGAACUUCCUAAUUAUCAAUGUCAGAAAGUUAAUUAAAAAAAAUGAAAGGCAUAAGCGGUAGCUCUCUGAUUUUCAGCAAGUGUAACACUGCUGUUUAUUAUCCAGAACUGGGACUAAGUAAAAAAACAACUAAAGGAAAGAGUAAUGUCUGGAAACUUGGCUGAAAUGAUUGAAAGCACAUUUAAAAACUGGAAACAAAAUUGGGCCACUUGGCUUUUUAAACUAUUUUUGUUAGGCUAUGUUACCCCCACCUCCUUACCUUGGAAAAAAAAAUCCGAAUACAGCUUCAUUAUGUUGGAGAUCAGAGUCAAUAAUAUAAAAUCUACUGUUCUCAAAGGAUACAGAGUUAAGUUGUUGGGUUAGAAAAAACAACUCAAGAAUUUGUGCAUAGUAAAAUGGCAGUACUAUCAUGAUCAACAUUUGUGAUUGUGGGAAAUAAUUUUAAAAAAGGUGUAACCCUCAUUUGACAGGCUCUUAAUCACAGACCAUGAGGGUAUUGGCCAAAUUUUAAAUGGCUGUUGCACUUAUAUAGCUGUCUUCCUCAAUCCUGUAAUCUUAAAUUACUUGAGUUUAUGCUUUUGUGUCCUGAGAUUUUAUUUAGAUAUCUUGAAGAUAGUGUAGAACAUUGAGAUUAAUUAUAGUAAAUAUCAAUACUAUAUUCAAAUUAGGAAGUAUGCUUAAAUGACCAAGAUAGCCAUUUGGCAAGUAGUUUACUGAUGCAGCAGACUUAAUUCUGCUCUUGUGGAAAGAAUUUGUUUUGAUAUUUAUGACUUUAUACUGGCUG